AUGCCGUUCUGGAAGAAAGAUCGAGUGCACGAAGAAAUUUAUAACAACGUUGCUGAAGGUUUACGUUCAGUAUAUAAAACCAAAUUAAUGCCAUUAGAAGAGACGUACAAGUUUCAUGAGUUUCAUUCACCUCCGUUAGAUGAUUCUGAUUUUGAAGCGAAACCAAUGGUAUUAUUAGUUGGUCAAUAUUCUGUAGGAAAAACGUCAUUUAUUCGAUAUGUAUUAAAUGAAGAUUUUCCAGGAAUUCGAAUUGGUCCAGAACCUACAACAGAUUCUUUUAUAGCCGUUAUGCACGGACAAAAUAAUGGAACAGUACCCGGUAAUGCGUUAGUUGUUGAUCCAUCAAAACCUUUUCGUUGUUUAACUAAAUUUGGUAAUGCAUUUUUAAAUCGUUUCGUCUGUUCAAAUGUCAAGAAUGAUGUAUUAGAGUCAAUUACAUUUAUCGAUACACCUGGCAUCCUCUCAGGUGAAAAACAACGUGUUGAUCGUGGCUAUGAAUUUUCUCAAGUAUUAGAAUGGUUUGCUGAUAGAUGUGAUCGUAUUUUGUUGUUGUUUGAUGCCCAUAAACUCGAUAUAUCCGAUGAAUUAAAACGAUGUAUUGAAGUUUUAAAACGAAAUGAUGAUAAAAUUAGAAUUGUACUUAAUAAAGCAGAUAUGAUUGAUCAUCAAGAAUUAAUGAGAGUUUAUGGAGCACUCAUGUGGUCACUUGGCAAAGUCUUAAACACACCGGAAGUGUGUCGAGUUUAUGUUGGAUCUUUUUGGUCGAAACCAUUACAUUUUGAUUCAAAUAGACGAUUAUUCGAAUUAGAAACAAAAGAUUUGUUGGACGAUUUGGAAUCAUUACCAAAAACAGCAACAUUGAGAAAAUUAAACGAUUUAAUUAAACGAGCAAGAUUAGCCAAAGUUCAUGCACUCAUUAUCAGUGAAUUGAAAGAAAAUAUGCCUAGUGUAUUUGGAAAAGAUUCAAAACGUAAAGAACUAAUUUCAAAACUUAGUAUUGUUUAUGAGAAGAUUCAACGUGAACAGAAUAUUCCACUUGGUGAUUUUCCCAAAUUAGAUCGAAUGCAAGAGAUAUUAAAAAAUAUGGACUUUACAAAAUUUAAACCAUUAGAUCGUAAACAAUUAGAACGCGUUGAUCGUAUGUUAUCUGAAGAUGUACCGAAGCUCAUGAAUAUGAUACCACAAGAAGAAAAGACAUAUUUAGAGAUACAUGAUCGUCCAAUAUCCGGUUCAACAUUCAAUGACCAACAAGCAACUCCGUUUGAGUUUGGAGGCGUUGAAGGUGUCAACGCAGGAAUUGGAGAACAUGAAUGGAUUGUCAAUCGUCAGCGAGACGAAUAUGAUAAAGUGUUUCAAUCAUUACAACCCAUUAGCGGAAAAAUAACGGGUGCAGCAGCAAAACAAGAAAUGAUUAAAUCAAAAUUACCCAACAAUGUUCUUGGACGAGUAUGGAAGUUAUCAGAUGUUGACAAAGAUGGAAUGUUAGACAUAGACGAAUGGGCAUUAUCUCAACAUUUAAUCAAACUAAAACUUGAUGGUCAUGAAUUACCGAAUACGUUACCUGAUCAUUUAGUUCCUCCGAGUAAAAAAGAUUUAUUAUCGACAAAUGGUUUUCAUGGCAACACUAAUUCAUCAUCUUUAUAUCCUUCGAUUAAAUCACAUGUUGACAGAGGAGAUCAUGAAUAA